UCUCUGUCUUCCAGCCCCUGAACACGUCCCCCACCCCCCGGCUGUGUCGUUUCUCACCCCCAGGACUGCUGUGUAGAGGGGGAGUCAGGACGCCAUCUUCCCGUGAAUAGCGCUCAGUAACAAACCAACUGCAUUUUAGUUGGGCAGUGCCCCGACCCUCCCCCCGGACCCCUUCCAGAUAAAACACGCCCCUCCUCCCACCAUGCGUUUCUCAGUUUCCCUUUUUGUUUGUUGGAUUGUUCUGCUGCCCCCACGCCUCACCCUACCGCCCUUGGGUCGUCAUGUAAAAUUCUUUUACCAUGUCAAGAAAUUAUUAAAAAUACAGGUACUUUGACCUCUUUCUAAAGCCGCAGACCCUGGUGCGAUGCCUCUGGUGGCUAGGGACGCAACCGUAUUCACGUGCGUGUGCACCUCCACGUAGCACUGCCAGCCCCCCAUCGGGUGUCCUUUUACCAGUGGACCUUCCUCUUUCUUCGGGAAUAAUGGAAAGAUUGAGACUCCUGCCUAGCAAGAGGCAAGGGUUGGUCCUUCAUUUGUGUUCAGUCUGAAUUAUGUGAAAGAUAGCUCUUCCCAAGUCUAAGCUGCUCCGUCCCAGCCCUCAAUAAGAUCUCAGUUCCUUACUUGCUUCCUUCCCCUGUGGUACCCAUGAACUGCCAGUAGAGGCCGCUCUAGUUCUAUGUGGGCAAUCACCUGGUUCAAGGCUCACCCUACCCUGUGGUUUUCUUUACCUUAUGAUAAUUCUCCCCUCUGAAUAAUGUCUUAAAUUUCUUGAGGAGAUGCCAGGGGACUCUUGGUUUCCAAUGACUUAGAAGGCUGUCUGGGACCCUAGCUCCCUCUGAAAUAAAGUUUCCUCAACUUCCACCUUGUAAAGUAGCCUCCUGGUUUCCAGUGAUCCCUUUGUGGUCUCUGCAAAAAGAGAUAUACAUGGUCUUGAACGGUGGAGGAACAUCUGCUCUGUUCUGUCUCAGAGAUAACCAGCAGCUCACAGUUUUUUUAUGUCCACCUGUGCCAUGCUGUGUUAAGCACUUGACAUGCAUGACCACAUUUAACCUUCAGAACCUUCUUUAUAGGAGAGGACACAGGCUCGUGGUAGUACCUCCCCUCAGGUCACACUGCUUAGCCUCCUGGGGCCAGUACAGAUCUCACGCCCAGACCUUCACCGCUUCUCCUUUCUCACUGCCCAGAUAGACGAGGCCUGAGCCUGCAGGUCAAGGGCUCGGCCUAGGCAGCUGCCAGAGCCCAGUGCUUGCUGCCGACCCAGGCCGCAGGUCCCGGAAACACGUGGGGCUGGCGCACCUGCCAGGGUGCAGGGAAAUGGACACUUCUGGUGCCUGCAGUCAGCACACAGGACUCAGCUGGGCAUCCGAGACUUGCAUUCUUCCUCACACCUGUUUUGGGUGGAAGGUAGAGUUUAGCGUUACUUCCAGUGCCCUCCAGUCUGAGGGCCUAAAUGAUGGCAAGGAGCACGGAGCACCGAUCGUGCUGCCGGUAGGGGUUCAGGGGCCAGGGAGCCGCCGUGCACGUGGAAGCGGUGCCUCGGGCCAAACCACAGAACAGAAAAUUGGAACCGAAUUAUAUAAAUCAAGGUCAGAAAUUUCCUGUUCAACCCACAGGGUGGAGUUUUCUCCAUUCCUAUCCAUCCGACUGAAUAUAAACCCUGAUUUGAUGUCAGCAGCUAGAAGGAGCAGCUGGUAGGACUCUCGAUUCAGCUCUCAGCAUUCACCAUGAAUGUCAAGGUGGCCCUCGUGUUCCUGGCACUGUCCCUCAUCACCAUCUUUGCCCUGACCUAUGUAUUGCUGACCAGCCACGGGGGCUCCAGCCAGCCUCCCCGCUGCCCCUCCAUAUCCCCCAGUGCCCAGCACUGGACACACCCUGGCCAGAGCCAGCUGUUUGCAGACCUGAGCCCAGAGGAGCUGACGGCUGUGGUGAGCUUUCUGACCCAGCAGCUGGGGCCAGGCCUGGUGGAUGCAGCCCAGGCCCGCCCCUCGGACAACUGCAUCUUCUCGGUGGAGCUGCAACUGCCCCCCAAGGCAGCAGCCCUGGCCCACCUGGACAGGGGGAGCCCCCCACCUGCCCGGGAGGCCCUGGCCAUCAUCAUUUUUGGUGGACAACCCCAGCCCAACGUGAGUGAGCUGGUGGUGGGACCACUGCCCCACCCUUCCUACCUUCGGGAUGUGACCGUGGAGCGCCACGGGGGCCCCCUGCCCUACCACCGGCGCCCCAUGGUGGAAGCUGAGUAUGCUCUGAUGUGGAAGCAUUUGAAAGAGGUGGAGCUACCCAAGGCACCAGUCUUCCUUGCUUCGGUCUUCAACUACAAUGGCUCCACUUUGGCACCUAUACACUCCACUCCCAGGGGCUUGCGCUCGGGGGACCGUACUACCUGGAUCGCCCUCCACCAUAACAUCUCGGGUGUUGGGAUUUUCCUUCACCCGGUGGGGCUGGAGCUACUGCUGGACCACAGGGCCCUGGAUCCUGCCCGCUGGGCCAUCCAGCGGGUCUUCUACCUUGGGCGCUACUAUGCAGACUUGGGCCAGUUGGAACGGGAGUUUAAGGCCGGCCGACUGGAAGUGGUUAGAGUGCCUCUGCCCCUGCCAGACGGGGCUUCAUCCCUAAGGCCCCGUGUCCCCGCAGGUCCUCUCCCCCCUCUGCAGUUCUCACCCCAGGGCUCCCGAUACAGUGUGCGAGGGAACCUGGUGGCGUCCUCCCUCUGGACAUUCACCUUCGGCCACGGGGUGUUCAGUGGCAUGAGGAUUUUCGAUGUUCGGUUCAAGGGCGAGCGAGUGGCCUAUGAAGUCAGUGUCCAGGAGUGUCUGUCUGUCUAUGGUGCUGACUCACCCAAGACGAUGACGACCCGAUACCUGGAUAGCAGCUAUGGACUCGGCAGCCACAGCCGGGGCUUGGUGCGGGGUGUGGACUGCCCCUACCAGUCUACGAUGGUGGACGCCCACGUGUUCGUGGGCAAAGGGGCAGUCCAGCCGCUCCUGGGGGCCGUGUGUGUGUUCGAGGAGGCCCAGGGACUGCCCCUUCGAAGGCAUCACAACCACCUUCAGAGUCAUUUCUACGGUGGCCUGGCCGGCUCGGCCCUCGUAGUCAGGUCUGUGUCGACCGUCGGCAACUAUGACUACAUUUGGGACUUCGUGUUGCACCCAAACGGGGCGCUCGAAGGGCGGGUCCAUGCCACGGGCUUUGUCAACACGGCCUUCCUGAGCGGCGGGGAGGAAAGCCUCCUCUUCGGGAACCGCGUGGGGCAGCGAGUGCUGGGCACGGUGCACACGCACGCCUUCCACUUCAAGCUGGACCUGGACGUGGCAGGGCCGAAAAACUGGGUGGUGGCUGAAGACGUGGCGUUUAAACCCGUGGCAGCUCCUUGGAGUCCAGAGCACCAAUUGCAGCGUCCACAGCUGACUCGGCAGGUCCUAGAAAGGGAGGACCUAGCGGCUUUUGCCUGGGGAAAUCCCCUUCCCCGCUAUCUUUACCUGGCUGGCAACCAGACUAAUGCUUGGGGUCACCAGCGCGGGUACCGAAUACAGAUCCACAGCCCCCUUGGCGUACACAUCCCCCUGGAGAGUGACAUGGAGAGGGCGCUCAGCUGGGGGAGAUACCAGCUCGCGGUGACCCAGAGGAAAGAGGAGGAGUCGCAGAGCAGCAGCAUCUAUCACCAGAAUGACAUCUGGACACCCACUGUUGCCUUUGCUGACUUCAUCGAUAAUGAGACGCUCUUAGGAGAGGACCUGGUGGCCUGGGUGACAGCCAGCUUCCUGCACAUCCCCCAUGCCGAGGACAUCCCCAACACGGUCACUGUGGGGAACAAAGUUGGCUUCUUGCUCCGACCCUAUAACUUCUUUGACGAGGACCCCUCUGUCUUCUCCCCCGGCAGCAUCUACUUUGAGAAGGGCCAGGAUGCCCGGCUCUGCGGUGUCAACCCUGCGGCCUGCAUCCCCCACCUGGCCGCCUGUGUCCCGGACUUGCCCCCUUUCUCUUACCAAGACUUUUAG